CUCGCAGCCAAUCAUGGACAACAUCUCAUCAGCUUUUGCGUCACUCAAGGGCGGCUCGCCGCAGGAGAAGAAGGAGACGAUCAAGCGUCAGGUCUCGGCGGAGAUUGCCAUGGCUAACGCUCAAGAGCUCAUCACAAAGUCGACUGAGAAGUGCUAUGCCAAGUGCGUGCCAUACCCUGGUUCGUCCCUCUCGUCCAAGGAGGAGACUUGCUUGGACCGAUGCCUGCAGCGCUACUUCGAAGCCUUCAACAUCGUGUCUCAGUCCUACGUGAGGAGGGUCGCCGCUGAGAGGAAUACGGGAGCUACCCUGGACACUCUUUGAGCAGGAGAAGACAAAGAGUAGACGAUGGGACUGCAUACGGGUAGCGCCUUGUAUAGUAGACGGUGGCACGCAGCAGCCAACACAUUUCACUCCUCAGAUCCA